CCAUGACACACGUCCAUCUCUCACAUUAACUCACUCAUUAAUCAUUAUUAUUCACUCUUUCUAGCUACCUCCUCUAAUUCAUAAUUAUUUUAAUCUCAUUAUGCUCAAGUCCAAGCCAACAACACUUCUUCUCAUAACACUCGCUUCGUUAUUCUUAUUCCAAAGCUCACUCUCUUCUUUCUCUUUCUUCACAGAGACCUCUCUGGUCCCAUGGGUUGGCCCUUGUUGGGUUCUCUACCUCAAAUGGGUUCCCUGGCACACGCAAAACUCGCUUCCAUGGCUACAAACUUGAAGGCGAAGAGGCUCAUGGCGUUGAGUCUUGGCUCCACACCGGUUAUCAUAAGCAGUCAUCCUGAAACCGCAAGGGAGAUUCUCUUCGGUUCUUCAUUCUCCGAUCGACCAAUCAAAACUUCUGCAAAAACCCUAAUGUUCGAGCGCGCCAUUGGUUUCGCCCCUUCCGGAACCUACUGGCGCCACCUCAGAAGAAUCGCCGCUUUCCACAUGUUCUCUCCUAAAAAUAUUCAGAGCUUGGAGAAUCUGCGGCAUCGCCUGGCUUCUGAGAUGGCGGUGAAAGCAAUGGGGAUGAUGGAGGAGAAAGGGUUUGUGGAAGUUCGUAGUGUGUUUCAGGAAGGCUCUCUUAGCAACAUUCUGGAGAGUGUGUUUGGUUCUUCUUCGUUGAUUAGUGAGGAGUUGGGAGAUAUGGUGAAAGAAGGGUAUGAAUUAAUCCAUAUGUUUAACUUGGAAGAUUAUUUUCCAUUGUUGAAGUUUGUGGACUUUUAUGGUGUGAAGAGAAGGUGUCACAGAUUGGCCAGUAAGGUUAAAAGUGUGGUUGGUAACAUUGUGGAUCAAAGAAAAAAGUGUCCCCAAUCGUUGCUUCGGAACAAUCACGAUUUUCUUAGCACUUUGCUUUCACUUCCUAACAAGGAAGAAAGCUUAGCUGAUUCGGAUAUGGUCGCUAUUCUUUGGGAAAUGAUAUUUAGAGGAACAGACACAGUGGCCAUAUUACUGGAAUGGAUCAUGGCAAGGAUGGUACUUCACCAGGACAUACAAAUGAAAGCCCGCCAAGAGAUUGACACGUGUGUUGGCCAAAAUGGUCACGUGCAAGACUCCGACAUUCCCAACCUCCCUUACCUUCAGGCCAUAGUCAAAGAGGUACUCCGCUUGCACCCGCCGGGCCCAUUGCUAUCAUGGGCCCGCCUAGCUGUUCAUGAUGUCCACGUGGACAAAGUCUUUGUGCCAGCUGGCACAACCGCAAUGGUUAACAUGUGGGCUAUAUCGCAUGACUCUUCUAUAUGGGAAGAGCCUUGGGCUUUUAAGCCCGAACGAUUCAUGAAGGAAGAUAUAUCCAUUAUGGGCUCAGACUUGAGGCUAGCACCGUUUGGUGCAGGGCGUAGGGUGUGCCCGGGGAGAGCGUUGGGCUUAGCCACUGUCCAUAUCUGGCUUGCACGGCUUCUCCACCAUUUCGUGUGGCUUCCCACGGCACAACCCGUGGAUCUUUCCGAAAAUCUCAGGCUUUCUCUCGAGAUGAAGACACCUUUGCGUUGCCGACUGGUUCCUAGACAUAACUACGUAAGCCCUUAAGCCCAAAUGUGCACAAAUUGGAACGUUCUUGUGUUCAUCUAUUAUAGCUUGUCAUGUUAUUCCAUAUUUAUCUCUCUUACUAUAUGCCCCUACUAAAAUAUUUCUAUCUCAUUAUGAAACUCAUCUCUAAGUUUUAUCCUCUAUUUUCCCCUAGCUAUUAUUAGAUUAUUAGAUACAGGACCCCGACCUAGCUAGCUAAGUUAGUCUUUAGUAUUUGAAUAAAUAUGCGAGUUUGGCAGAAAUUAAUGUACGGAUUAAGAGAAGAGAUUACGUGUCCCUUUAAACUUGUAAAAUGUAAAUUACUGUAUGCAAUGAAGUUGUUCUGUAGUUUCUUCUCCAAUAAUACAUGAUCUUUCUCCUCUC